GUCCACGUGUGUGUUGGAGGGGGAUUCGCUGCUUGCCGGUUGGCGGGAGGAGAUCAUGUCGUGGCUCUUCGGGCUGAACCGCGGCGGCGGGGCGGGCGGCGGCGGCGGGGACGCGGGUCCUGGAACCGGGCUACCCCCGCUGCCUCCUCCGCCCGGCGGGGGAUCGAAAGAAGGGACGGGCGAGGGGAGCCGCCCCAAGGACAAAUGGAGCAACUUCGAUCCCACCGGCCUGGAGCGCGCUGCCAAGGCCGCCCGGGAGCUCGACUCUUCCCGACAUGCCAAAGAGGCCCUAGGCUUAGCUCAGCUACAGGAACAGACACUACAGCUGGAGCAGCAGUCCAAAUUAAAGGAAUACGAAGCUGCCGUAGAACAACUGAAGAACGAACAAGUCCGGAUACAAGCAGAAGAGAGGAGGAAAACCCUUAAUGAAGAGACGAGGCAACAACAAGCGAGAGCCCAAUACCAGGACAAAUUAGCUCGACAACGUUACGAGGACCAGUUACGACAACAGCAACUCCUUAACGAAGAUAAUUUAAGGAAGCAAGAAGAAUCGGUUCAGAAGCAGGAAGCCAUGAGGAGAGCGACGGUGGAGCGGGAGAUGGAACUGCGGCACAAGAACGAAAUGCUGCGGAUCGAGGCGGAAGCCCAGGCUCGCGCCAGGGCGGAGAGGGAGAACGCGGAUCUCAUCCGGGAACAAAUUCGGCUAAAAGCCGCCGAACACCGUCAGACUGUCUUGGAUUCCCUCAAGACAGCUGGGACGCUUUUUGGAGAAGGUUUCCGUGCCUUUGUUUCUGACUGGGAUAAAGUAACAGCCACGGUGGCGGGAUUGACUCUGCUGGCCGUUGGCAUCUACAGUGCCAAAAACGCCACCGCUGUGGCCGGGCGGUAUAUCGAAGCUCGUCUGGGCAAGCCCUCAUUAGUGCGGGAAACCUCCCGUAUCACUGUGCUCGAAGCGCUCAAGCAUCCCAUCCAGGUUGGGAAGCGGCUGGCCAGCAAGGCCCAAGACGCUCUGGAAGGAGUCGUUCUCAAUCCGAAGCUGGAGGAGCGGGUGCGAGACAUAGCCAUCGCGACCCGGAACACAAGGAAUAACCGAAGCCUCUACCGGAAUAUCCUCAUGUAUGGACCUCCAGGAACGGGGAAAACCCUUUUUGCCAAGAAAUUAGCCAUGCAUUCUGGCAUGGAUUACGCCAUCAUGACAGGUGGCGAUGUCGCCCCUAUGGGGCGCGAAGGUGUGACUGCCAUGCACAAGGUUUUUGACUGGGCCAACACAAGCCGGAGAGGCCUCUUGCUGUUUGUGGAUGAAGCCGAUGCAUUUCUGCGUAAAAGAGCAACGGAAAAAAUCAGCGAGGACUUACGAGCAACACUCAAUGCUUUCCUUCAUAGGACGGGACAACACAGCAACAAGUUCAUGCUGGUCUUAGCAAGCAAUCAGCCGGAGCAGUUUGAUUGGGCCAUCAACGACCGGAUUGAUGAGAUGGUCCACUUUCAGCUGCCGGGUUUAGAAGAGAGGGAGAGAUUGGUCCGAAUGUAUUUCGACAAGCACAUCCUCCAGCCAGCCACCGAGGGCAAACAGCGCUUAAAACUGGCCCAGUUUGAUUACGGGGAAAAGUGCUCGGAAAUUGCCAAGCUGACAGAAGGCAUGUCUGGACGAGAGAUCUCGCAGCUCGCGGUGGCUUGGCAGGCCGCCGCCUACGCCUCGGAGGAAGGUGUCCUGACGGAAGCCAUGAUUGAUAACCGAGUAGCAGACGCGGUUCAGCAGCACCAGCAGAAGAUGGAGUGGCUGAAGGCAGAAGGCAUGGAAGCAGGCAAGAACCAGCCACUACCGCUUCCGCUGGGGAAGACUGCAUGAAGGCCCUCAGAAAUGGGGCCAAGAGAGAUCCCAGACCUUUGGGUGGGAUUCAGAGAUGAGGGGAAGGCUUUGUGCCAUUGGAAUCAUGCGCAGGACAGAAUCGAAAAGCCCCGCAUCUUGAAGGAGGCUGGGGGGGGGGUUCUUGAUCCCACCCCCUGUUUAAAAGUGGACCCCUGGAAUAAUUAUGGGCAAAUGGGUCUGUAUCACGCAAAACAAUGUAUUAAAAAGAGAAAUCCUUCGCCAAAGGACAGCAGCCUUAACAUUUUGCACCCUGGUUUCAUUGGUUUGCAGAUGCUAGUUGGCUUCUGCUUUUAGAAAACCAAAGGGGACCAUUUCAUUCAGCAGAGGUCCCUGCAGUGAAGGCCUAUCCAUCUCCCUUGGCAUGGUGUGAAAUCAGAAUUCGUGUGUGUGUGAGAGAGAGAGAGAGGGAGAGGGAGAAGGCAGACCCAGCAAUUAAAAAAAUGAAAAGCCAAAUGAAAUAACGGGUAAUUAGCCAUUGGUUAGCACCUUAUCGAUAUUUUUAACCUGCUCAUACCCACUUAUGUUUUUUAAGCCACGCAGGAGUCACUCGGCAGGGAUAAGGGCGGCAUAUCAAUUUCAUAAAUAAAUAAAACCUUUUUGCCACUUGCCAGAGAGACCUCUAGGAAAGGUUAGGUUGGAAAAGAUGUCUUA